ACAAUUGGUAUUUGGAUGCUACAGUUGCCACAGUGAUUCUAUAAAUGGAUCUGCCUCAAAUCAAAAUGUGAUAAAGCUAAAAGGAUUUGUAUUGGACUUGUUUGAAAUACGACUAUCAACUUACAGAUUGAUGAAAAGAGAUUUUACAAAUAUGGAUGCUUCUGAAGAAACAAUGAAUGAUAUGGGUAUAUGGAUAUUACUUUCACGAUCUUCUACAAUAAGUUUCAUGCAUGGGUUUUCUGCAUCUUCACACCUAAUUUUGUUAUUAGUUUUAUCCAUUACUUGUGUUUGCAAGAGACACACUAAGCCAACCCUUGAAAAUUCAAAACCAAUGUUUAAGAAUACAUAUUCUUUAUACUAUUGGGCAUCGCUUAUAUCUUGUAUGGGUCUAUCUUUUUGCGAUCUUAAUCUAUUUGUGCUAAACUACCUCUCUAGAUAUAGACAUGGUUGGUCUGAUCUAAAUCUAGUCGCUCAGUUGGAUUUUGCAUUUAAAACACUCACUUGGUUUGUGAUCUCUGCUUACCUACAUAUCCAAUUUUCUCAUUCACGUGAGCACAAGUUUCCUAUUAUACUAAGGAUUUGGUGGACCUUCUACUUCCUAAUGUCUUGUUCCUAUCUUUUUAUACAUCUUAGUUUGUAUUGGAAACAUUCGUCCUUACAAUUCUUGCUAUGGGUAUCCGAUAUUGUAUCCGUUAUUGCUGGUUUGGUCUUUUGUUAUGUUGGGCUAUUUGGAAAGGGUCGAGAAGAUGGCAAUUUCCAGCUAUUGGAUCCUCUUUUGAGAAUUAAUGCCAGUGAAAAAAAUGAAGAUGAUGGACAAGGAUCAAGGGUCAGUGGAGAGAGAAUAACUCCUUAUACAAAUGCAAAUCUUCUCAGUAUCUUUACUUUCUCUUGGAUGGGCCCUUUGCUUGCACUUGGGUACAACAAAACAUUAGAUCUCGAAGAUGUUCCUCAGCUUUCUGAUUGUGAUAAUGCCAAAGAGGUAUUUACUUGUUUUAAAAAUAAACUUGAAUAUGAUGGUAAUGGUAGUAGUAAUGGUGAAGUAAACACAUUCAAGCUGGUGAAGGCAUUGAUUCUCUCAACGUGGAAAGAAAUUCUAUGGACAACUUUAUUAGCCAUUGUAUGCACAUUAACUGCUUAUGUUGGACCAUACCUUAUUGGUGUAUUUGUUGACUAUCUCAAAAGUCCUCUGCAACCAAAACAUAAAGGUUAUGUGUUAGUGCUUAUUUUCUUUCUUUCAAAGCUCAUAAGGUGUCUCUCAGACAGACACUUAUUUUUUCAAUUGCGAAAGAUGGGAAUUAGGAUCCGUGCUGCCUUGUUUGCAAUAAUCUAUAAGAAGGGUCUCAGACUUUCAAGCCAAUCAAAGUUAGGUCACACUAGUGGGGAGAAUAUUAAUUUGAUGAGUGUUGAUGUUGAGAGGAUUGGAUUUUUUAGUUGGUACUUGCACGAUAUAUGGAGGGUGCCUGUUCAAGUUGUUUUAGCAUUGUUACUCUUGUACAGUAAACUUGGGCUUGCUUCACUUGUAGCUUUUGUUACGACACUGAUUUUAAUGUUAGCAAAUGUUCCAUUGGGAAAACUACAAGAAGAAUUUCAGGGGAUAUUAAUGGAUUCAAAGGAUCGAAGGAUGAAGGUGACAUCUGAGGCUCUAAGGAAUAUGAGGAUUCUCAAGCUCCAAGGAUGGGAGAUGAAGUUAUUACAAACGAUAAUUGAGAUCAGGAACUUCGAAACAAAAUGGUUAAAAAAGUUACUUUAUACAUCCGCUAUAACUUCCUUUGUCUUCUUGUCUGCUCCUAUGUUUGUAUCUAUAGUUACUUUUGGGUUUUGUGUGCUUAUGGGAAUUCCGUUAGAUUCGGGGAAGAUUCUAUCUGCACUUGCAACAUUUGAGAUAUUGAAAGGGCCCAUUUAUAAUCUCCCAGACACAAUCUUCAUGGUAGUUCAAACCAAAGUCUCUCUUGAUAGGAUAGCUUCAUUCCUCCGUCUUGAUGAUCUUCAUCCAAAUAUAGUACAAAAGCUUCCAAGAGAUGUUGUCGAGGAUGCAAUUGAGAUAGUUGAGGGGAAUUUUUCUUGGGACCUUAAUUCCCCUAAUCUCACAUUAAAAGAUAUUAAUUUUCGAGUGCACUAUGGUUUGAGAGUGGCUAUUUGUGGUUCUAUUGGGUCAGGUAAGUCAAGUCUACUUUCAUGCAUAUUGGGGGAAGUGCCCAAAGUAUCGGGAUCUAUUAAGUUAAAUGGGACUAAGGCCUAUGUUGCACAAUCACCUUGGAUACAAAGUGGUAAGAUAGUAGAUAAUAUUUUGUUUGGUAAGAAGAUGGAUACAGAAAGGUACGAGAUGAUACUUGAAGCAUGUUCAUUAAAGAAGGACCUAGAAUUGUGUGCUUUUGGGGAUCAGACUAUCAUAGGGGACAUGGGGAUCAACCUCAGUGGUGGACAAAAACAAAGAAUCCAGCUUGCACGUGCUUUGUACCAUGAUGCUGAUAUUUAUCUACUUGAUGAUCCUUUUAGUGCCGUGGAUGUUUACACAGGAACUCACAUAUUUAAGGAGUGUUUGCUGGGAAUAUUAAGUUCAAAAACAGUAAUUUAUGUUACACACCAAGUAGAAUUUUUACCUUCUGCUGAUCUUAUUCUGGUUAUGAGAGAUGGAAAGAUUACUCAAGCAGGAAAAUAUGAAGAAAUUCUUAAUUCAGGAACUGACUUUAUGGAACUAGUGGGUGCACAUAAGAAAGCUUUGGUAGACCUUAAUUCUUUUGAACAUGAGGUUGUUUCGGAUAAUUUGAUUAGUGAUGGGGAAGAUGGUAAUAUGUGUCAUAGUGAGACGUUUAUUCAAAAUGACGAGGAAAGGGAAUCCCAAACCUAUAAAACGGAAAAAUUGGUUGGGACAGAAGGGCAACUUAUCCAAGAAGAAAAACGAGAAAAGGGUGGAGUCAGUUUUUCAGUCUACUGGAAAUACCUUACCACUGCAUAUAAAGGAACUUUUGUACUAUUGAUAUUUUUGGUACAAAUUCUUUUUCAACUUCUAUUAAUAGGUAGUAAUUAUUGGAUAGUGUUGGCUACUCCCAUUUCUGGAGAUGUGACACCUCAUGUUAGAGGAUCUACUCUCAUCUAUGUUUAUGCUACUUUGACCCUUGGAUGCUUUCUUUGUGUGCUUACAAGGUCCAUGCUCGUUGUUACUGUUGGAUACAAAACAGCUACUUUAUUCUUUAAAAAAAUGCACUUGUGCAUUUUUCGUGCUCCUUUAUCAUUUGUUGAUUCUACUCCAAGUGGAAGGAUUCUAAAUCGGGCAUCCAUAGAUCAAAGUGCACUUGAUACAUCUAUUCCACGUCAAUUUGAAGAACUUCUUAUUUCAAUCAUAGAAAUAGUGGGAACUUCUUUAAUAAUGUCACAGGUUUCAUGGCAAAUGUUAAUAGUUUUUAUUCCAAUGAUUGUGACUUGCAUUUGGUAUCAGCAAUACUAUAUAUCUACUGCACGAGAACUAUCACGGAUGUUUGGAGUAUGUCAAGCUCCAAUUAUACAACAUUUUGGUGAAUCUAUUAUAGGUUCAACCACAAUUAGAUGCUUUGAUCAAGAAGAGAGGUUUAUGCAGACAAACCUCAAAUUGGUGGAUGGGUUUUCUCGGCCCAAGUUUUAUUUCUCUGGUGCAAUUGAGUGGCUAAGCUUCCGUAUGGAUAUGUUAGCAUCCAUCACAUAUGCUUUUUCUUUGGUUUUCUUGAUCUCAGUGCUACAGGGAGUACUUAGUCCUGGUGUUAUGGGUAUAGCAGUCACAUAUGGAUUUGGUUUCAGUAUGCACGGGCUCAUAUGGGAUCUGAGCAUUCUUGAGAACAAAAUCAUAUCUGUUGAGAGAAUAUUACAGUAUACUUGCAUUCCUAGUGAACCUCCUCUAUUAAUAGAAGAAAACAAACCAGAUCGUGAAUGGCCAUCACAAGGAAAAAUUGAUAUUAUUGAUCUAAAGGUCCAGUACACCCCACACCUUCCUCUUGUCUUGCAAGGUAUCUCAUGCACUUUUCCUGGAGGGAUGAAGAUUGGCAUCGUUGGACGAACAGGGAGUGGCAAAUCAACACUCGUACAUGCUCUCUUCCGUGUGCUUGAACCUGUAGCCGGUCAGAUUUGGAUCGACGGUAUUGAUAUCUCCAAGAUUGGCCUUCAUGACUUGCGCUCAAGAUUGAGCAUCAUCCCGCAAGACCCUAUAAUGUUUGAGGGGACUCUAAGAAGCAAUCUUGAUCCGUUUGAAAAGUACACUGAUGAACAAAUCUGGGAGGUUUUAGAUAGAUGUCAGCUUGGUGAUGAAAUUAGAAAAAAGGAAGAGAAGCUUGAUUCUACAGUGAAUGAGAAUGGGGAGAAUUGGAGCAUGGGUCAAAGGCAGCUAGUAUGUUUAGCACGGGUAUUACUCAAAAGGACAAAAGUGUUAAUACUCGAUGAAGCUACUGCAUCAAUGGAUACUGCGACUGAUUAUCUAAUUCAGCAAACGCUUAGGAAACACUUCUCAGGGUUUACUGUCAUCACAAUUGCACAUAGGUUAACAUCAGUUCUUGAUAGUGAUAGAGUUCUCUUCCUCGACAAUGGUGUUGUACUAGAAUAUGAUUCUCCAGCCAAAUUGCUAGAUAUCAAGUCUUCAUCAUUUACAAAGCUUGUUAAGGAGUAUACUCAAAGAUGCUCUUAGUUAUGGAAAGGCUAAAUAAGUGGAUUUUGAAUAUUCAUAUGCAAGCAGGCUGUAUUAGACUGAGGUGCAUUGCUUUGUUGAGUAUAAGAAAAUUUUAUUGGGAAAAGACGAUGGAAUAGAUAUCGAGGCUACCCAUAUGAUCAAUCUGAGUUGACAUUGGCAACUGGUUGAAGUAUUGGGGGUAGAAAAGAAAUCUUUUUCUUCAUGCAUGUUUAUUAACCUUAGGAGAGGUAUUAGUAAUCCACCAUUAG